AUGCCUCUCGAGGAUGAUUUAGCCUCAGCAGCCGCGACUGGCAACACCGAUCGUGUUAAAAUUCUAUUACAAAGUGGAGUGGACGUCAACGGUGUAAACUGCUUUGGACGGACACCUCUGCAGGUAAGUGUCUCGCGCUACGCUCUCCUCGUCGUGCUUAUUGGUGAAGAUCGUGUCAUGAUUAUUGUAAAAGAGAGUCAAUGUUCAACGAUGUCAUCAAUAUUUUAGCGUUGCAGAGAUGGCCUUGUUCAAAAAAAAAUACAUCGACUAUGUUUUUGGUUGAAACCGUAAACUGUCUUAAUCCAUUACUAGAAUAGCAUGUCAUACUGUGAAAUAAUUUGCAUGGGACCUAUAUUACCUUGUUAUAUAUGCUAUAUAUUUUAACGUGCUUUAUUUACGUUAUAGUUUAGUCUGUUGAGCUCCAACUAGUGCGCAUGAUGGGAAUGGUGCGCAAUUGCGCGUGGCUUCUGUAGGCCUUCCAUUACGUUUUAUCAAGUCCAAAUUGAUACUUCUAUUGUUGGAAAUAUUUCCAUUAGUUUGCCUUUCAAAUAAACAUAGAAAUAAUUCGAUAUUAUACUCUAUCAAAAUGGUCCAUGGCAUUACCAAUGUAGGCUAUAUAGGGGCAAUGAAGGAUGCAUGCAGGUCACCACACCCAAUGUUCCAAACUCAAAAAUGCUCUCCCAAAAAUGGCCAAAGUUAUCCAUAUACAUGAUCUAUCUUUUGUAAAUUAUGAAUGUGUUCAUAUUUAAUGACCUACUCUAAAAACCAAUUUCCUUGGGCUGCUAUCAAAAUGCCUUGGCUGACUCUUCCUAUAUUUGGCCUUAACACUUUGAUAGGCCUACAUUUUGGUGCUCUUUAGGUUUGCUACAUUACGAAAUAUGUGGCCUACAAUUAAAAUAAGUAACAACUAAUUCAUAAGAUUAAUUGUAGGCCGACUUAUACCCUAUAAAUAUGUUAUAGCAUCAGUUGGGCCUAAUUACUUUUAUUUUUUAAUGUGGAUACAUUAUUAUAUUGUUAUUAAAUUGUUAAGUGAAUUACAGCACAGAUAUUUUUUGAUAAUUAAAACACUUUUCGCAAUCUGAAACGAAAAGCACGCGCUUUUAUGGUCUGAUAGAACUAUAGGCAAACUGUAUUAUUUAGUGUUACUCUAAAUAACGUAUUAUACACCAUGGCAACAUUAUUUGCCUUGCAAAUAUAGGCAUAUUUAUUAAAUAUCCUAGCAGAAGGUUUGUAAGUAAAAUCAACUGCAUUUGUAUUUCCUAGGUGAUGAUGAUGGGCAGUUCACCUGUGGCGCAGUUGUUACUAAUGCAAGGAGCGGAUCCUAAUAUCGCAGACCGACACACCGGGACGACGCCGUUACACGAUGCCGCCAGGAUGGGCUUUUUGGACACGGUAGAGAUCCUUGUCCAAUUCCUCGCUGAUCCGAAUAGCCGGGACAAUAGGAACUGCCGGCCAAUCGAUUUGGCAAAAGAAAGUGGACACCAGAAUGUCGUUGCGUUUCUGCAGGCUUUAUGA